AAAAAUAGAAAGCAUAAUCAAAUAAAAUAGGGCAAACUAAACUGAAAGAAAAUGAAACGGUCAGAGCCUGAGCAAGAUGGCGGCCGUAGCGACGUCUCAUUCAGGCUCCUCCUAUCGUUGUGGUGUUGUCACGUGCCUGGUGUUGACCAAUCAGGGCUGCCUGUGUUGAGGACGACAACAAUCCGUUGAGCACCGGAAUGCUAGCGGACCGUUGGCCCUAAUGGAUGAAUUUAGUGGCCGUUAUCGAGCAUUUCGCUGUUUCCAGGCAGAAUUUAUUCCUCCAGAACUGUUCUGAUGUUCUGACUCCUUCCAGAAGGGUUUCCUUCCUGAGCUUCUUACGUCCCACAUUCUUCCCAUUCCUUGCUGACAUUCCCAGUCCCUUGAUUCCCAGUCCUAUCCUCUGAAGGUUACCGUGGAGGUUCUGUAAUGUUAGGACCAUGUUCAAGAAUGUGUUUGGUUCGGGUUUUCUAGUGAGGACGGCUCAUGUGGUUCUGACCUGGAUCAUCACGCUGAUCUUGUUCCUGUAUGAUACAGAGCUCAGGAAGCAGGAGGAAACGGGUCAGCUUCUGCAGCCGGUUCUGUUCGUCCUGUUGGUUCUGCUGUCGGUGCUGCUGUAUUUCGCCGUGUCCCUCAUGGAUCCUGGAUUCAUCCUGUCUGAGGAAAAUGACCUGCAGUUCACUCUGGGAGUAACUGAGGAGCAGAAGGAUAUGAUCCCACCCAGCACCAAAUCCCUGCGUCAGCGCCGCUGUGGUCACUGUCUGCUGCAGCAGCCAAUGAGGUCGAAGCACUGCCAGACGUGUCAGCACUGCGUCCGUCGCUAUGACCACCACUGCCCCUGGAUCGAGAACUGUGUGGGCGAGAGGAACCACCGCUGGUUCGUCCUGUACCUGGGCGUGCAGCUGCUGGUGUUGCUAUGGGGGCUGCACAUCACCUGGACGGGUUUCAGCUACGCCCCCUCCUGGUCGCUGUGGCUGCGCUCCAACGGCGUGCUGCUGACGGUCUGCACGCUGCUGGCUCUGCUGGCGCUCAUCGUGCUGCUGCUGCUCGGCUCCCACCUCUACCUGAUCUCCAUGAACAUCACUACCUGGGAGUUCAUGUCGCGCCACCGCAUCUCCUACCUCAAACACUGCGGUGCUGACGAGAACCCGUUCGACCGUGGAGCGGCGCCCAACCUGUGGGGCUUCUUCUGUGAGUGGGGCAGCGUGGUGUGGGAGCAGGUGUACUUCAGGGAGGGCAAUGACCCAGUUUAGUUUCUGUCCUGCUCAUAGUCACAGAUCACCAGCACUGGUUAACUGGUUGAAGCUCGGAUCCUUUCACUGGAAUACAGCUCGGUUCCUCUACUCUGCCAUCGGUCCGACAGGCAUGUUGGGAAAACUCCAGCAUCUGAUGCAGAAACUGAAAUCAUGUCUUUUUGAAGUUCUUUCUAAGGUCCGAGUGUUCAUCAUGUUGGACCAGAUCAAAGCUCAGAACUCUGCUUGGUCUCAUACUGAGUAAUAAUGGUACUGAUCCGCUUCACUCUCAGUUUAACAAACUGACUGCAGACAGAUUUAUCAUUGUUACAGUUCCUCUGUACUUUAAAGAUGUUCUCCUCAGCUUCUACAAGGCUGGAUGAUCUUUCACCUUUACCCAUGAUAGGCUGGAUGUCAGAAUGUUGGUGAGGAGUAUUCAGAGAUGCUUCUGAUGGUUCUGUUUACAUUUGGAUCAUAUUUAGAUCAGUUUAGGUUCAAUAAAUCUCUCUAAUGAACCCAGGACCCAGCAUCAGCACUUGUUGGCCUUGGUUCUCAGCCCUGGUCCUUGGGAGCCACAGUCCCUACCUCUGGUCCUCAGGGACCUCGAUAUUUAGUCCUGGUUGCUGCUGGGUUCCUAAGCAGCAGUCCCCAGCCCAGAUCCUUGGGUGGCCACCGUUCCUAAUUCUAGCUCUGUAGAACUGUGGUUCUGUUCCUGCUCCAACUCAUCCGAUUCACUGGUGGUUUAAGAUGAGGUACCAGUUGGCAGAAACAUUCUGCUUUGUUUCCUCAGGAUGUCUAACAAACAUCUAACCAGGAGCUGAGAUGAGGUCAGGUUAAGUUCUCUGAAUGUUCUGCAUUAUUUCCAUCCACUCCUACAGAGACAGGAAGUCAGCAGGAGCAUCAAACCUCUCUGUGAAAUCCCGUCUGAACCAGAGUCGGUCCAACAUUUUAACAGAAUAUUCUGGAGUUCCACAUCCCAGAUUAUCUUCCUGACCUUUAAAUAAAAACAGGUUGAGGUUGUGUGAUAAAUCCAUUUAUUUAAAAGGUAAAUUUCCAUCUUCAAAUGUUGCGUUUUAUUUUUCUGCAUCCGAGUGUUGGUGUUGAUCCCGACUGGAAGCUGACUGACGGACUUCCUUCCUGUCAGAUUCAGGAACGACUUCCUUUAGUUGCAUGUUUGACAAUCCUUAGACUGCUGGUUAAACUCGUUCCUUGCUGCAUGUUUGAUGGUGUUUGUUUCGCCACUCAGAGGUUCUAGGAGAUCCGGUUUGAUAUUUGAAGGUGGAUUUAUUUCCAGAACUGUUCCUACAUUCCAGAGUUCUGUUCAGGUGUUUUUACCCGUUUUGAACCUGAGCAUGUUAAGAUUUCUAGACUUUCCUCCAACUGAAGAUCCUGCUGCAACCUAAACUCAGAGCGAUUAAAGGUGCAAUACGCAGUUUUUCCAUUUGAUCUUUUCCUCGUGCAAUACUUCCCUGAUGGAGAGCAAUAAAGGUGCAAGAUUUCUCAUGUUGGAGCGAUUAAAGCUCCAGUUUAUAUAAAGGAUAAAUAUGUUGUUUAUUUCUGACUUAUCUGUAAUACUGGAACUGUUUUUUACCUUUGAACAAACAGAAAUAAAGAAGCUACUGAUGAGA